UUAUUUCUUAAGGAGCGAUAACUAUCUGCCAGUCUGAAGUCUAUUUUGGUAGGCGCUUGGGGUCACAACUACUUAUAAAUUAAAUUACCACCAAUUGGUGUGUAAAUUGAACAGUUUCAAAUUUUGUUCUGCCGUGAAGAAUUCAUUUAUCAGGGUAUUGAUUAAAUUCAUUUUAUUUCAACGCCAAACAUUGUUUCUAUCUCACCAAGUUAGUAGUAGACUUUCGUUCAAGCUUUAAAAUUAUUUAAAAAUAAAUCAACAUCCCAAUUACAUUUGGCUAGCCAAAUUAUGACCAUCACCGACUGGUAUAAGUGGUCCGUGCAGCAUUUCAAAUGUGAUCCCCAUAUCAGACCCAAGCUGAUCCCUGGCGUCGAUCGGCUGGAUGACAGGCUGAGGGCAGUGCUCCGCGAGCAGGACUUGCAGAAUGAUUUGCUUAAGCGAAAACCGGCUGGUGGUGGCCAGAAUCAGAGAAAGUCCAAGAAGCUCAAGACGACCAAGAAGCAGACGCCUCGGGCCUGUGAGUUCCAAAGGUUAUACAGCGAGAAGCGCAAGGAGCUCAAGCUUUUGGCUAAAAUCCAAGGGAUGGAGUACCAGUUCCGGAGUAGACCUGUGCCCAAUUUCGAGCGAUUCCAUCAGCGUUUGGAGAGGCGCAAGCUCUACCUCAACUCUCUGCAGAAGGUGACGAGGCCCCGAUGUCCUGGCACCCUGGCCGCGUCCAUGGAGGCGCUGCACAAACGCAAGAAGGAGGAGAAGCAGCGCACAAAGUCGACUGACUUCAUUCCCAGGAUCAAUCCUGGCUCUUCAAUGGACUACCUGCACCGCCAGCCGUUCAUCCCGCAAAUCGAGUCUACUUAUACCCGUCCCAAGCCUUUUCAUCUCCAUACCUCCGACCGUGCUCUGAGUCGGCGGCUGUAUGAUGAGCGGAAAAGGAUGCGGAUGGAUCAGCGCCUGGAGCAAAAGGCCAGCGACUGGUUCAAGCGGGAAAGAGCCGAGUUCCUCAAGCUCCGUAAAAUGACUAACUUUAAGGCUAAUCCAAAUCCCUGGAGGCGUACAACGGUCAGCACUGCAGGAUGAUUCCAGAACUUUCACUUUCAUAAAAACUAAUGUAAAAACACUUCAAAAUCACUGAAAAAACUUCCUCCCACAAAUUCACCGAAAAUUGUACAGAUAGUCUUGCACUUAUAUCAGUUGAAUUUCGGUUGUGGGAAGAAGACUUUGAAUAAAAUUGCAUUUUCAUGAAAUUCGCUUUG